AGGGAGGGCUAACAUCUGGCCAUAUUUUUCAACAAAUUCAGAAGUGAAUAGAGAAUGCAUAGUAGCUGUCGGCAGAGGAGGAGGAACCAGAAUCUCUCCAAAGAAAUUCCUCAAACAGAAUUUCACACGGGGUAUUCCAUGGAGAAUGAGCCUGGAAUUGUCUCGCCAUUUAAACGAGUAUUCCUAAAAGGUGAAAAGAGUAGAGAUAAGAAAGCCCAUGAGAAGGUGACAGAGAGGCGCCCUCUGCACACUGUGGUGUUGUCAUUGCCUGAGCGCGUCGAGCCAGACAGACUGCUGAGCGACUAUAUUGAGAAGGAGGUAAAGUGGGAAGAAUCAGUGGAAGCCACAUGGGGAACCAGAACUCUUAUCAUACCCAGCAGUAACGAGGAAGGAGCCCUCCAUGCAGGAGGUCAAGUAGGGAAUCCGACCUUUGACCCCUACUUGGUGUAUUUAGGUCAGUUAACGUCCAUACCAGGAUACCUGAAUCCCUCCAGUAGGACUGAAAUCCUGCAUUUCAUAGACAAUGCAAAGAGAGCCCACCAGCUUCCGGGACACUUGACUCAGGAGCACGAUGCUGUGCUCAGCCUGUCUGCAUACAACGUCAAGCUGGCCUGGAGGGACGGGGAGGAUAUCAUCCUCAGGGUGCCCAUCCAUGACAUCGCCGCCGUCUCCUAUGUUCGGGAUGACGCCGCGCACCUGGUGGUCCUGAAGACAGCCCAGGACCCAGGGAUCUCCCCCAGCCAGAGUCUGUGUGCGGAAAGUUCCAGAGGUCUCAGUGCAGGCUCCCUGUCGGAGAGUGCAGUUGGGCCCGUGGAGGCAUGCUGCCUGGUCAUCCUGGCUACAGAGAGCAAGGUUGCUGCUGAGGAGCUUUGCUGUCUGCUAGGCCAGGUCUUCCAGGUUGUUUACACGGAGUCCACCAUCGACUUUCUGGACAGAGCGAUAUUUGAUGGGGCCUCCACCCCCACCCACCACCUGUCCCUGCACAGCGAUGACUCUUCUACAAAAGUGGACAUUAAGGAGACCUACGAGGUGGAAGCCAGCACUUUCUGCUUCCCUGAGUCCGUGGAUGUGGGUGGUGCGUCACCCCACUGCAAGACCAUCAGUGAGAGUGAGCUGAGCGCCAGCGCCACUGAACUGCUGCAGGACUACAUGCUGACGCUGCGCACCAAGCUGUCGUCGCAGGAGAUCCAGCAGUUUGCAGCGCUGCUGCACGAGUACCGCAAUGGGGCCUCUAUCCACGAGUUCUGCAUCAACCUGCGGCAGCUCUACGGGGACAGCCGCAAGUUCCUGCUGCUUGGUCUGAGGCCCUUCAUCCCUGAGAAGGACAGUCAGCACUUCGAGAACUUCCUGGAGACCAUUGGCGUGAAGGAUGGCCGCGGUAUCAUCACCGACAGCUUUGGCAGGCACCGGCGGGCCCUGAGCACCACAUCCAGUUCCACCACCAACGGGAACAGGGCCACGGGCAGCUCUGAUGACCGCUCAGCGCCCUCAGAGGGGGAUGAGUGGGACCGCAUGAUCUCAGACAUCAGCAGCGACAUUGAGGCGCUGGGCUGCAGCAUGGACCAGGACUCAGCAUGAUGGGCAGUGGAUGGGGGGGGGCACCCACACCUUCUGCACAGUCAUCGUAGGCCUUCCCAGAAGGAGCUGCCCAGACCUGCGUGUCAGCCCUUGGUUGGGGCCAGGGAGAGGCUCCAGGCGCAGGUGGCCGCGGGUGGCCCAGGUCCUCUACUGUGAAGGAGCAGGGAGCUGCCGAGGGACACGAGCCCCAGUGCGGGGUGGAAGGCUCUUUGCCUUGUCCACCAGGGCUCAGCCAAGCCCUGCAGCGUGUCCCCGCUCGGGGAGGGCCUGGUCGAACUGGCAGGGAGAGCCAGUCCUGUUGGCUGGGCCCUUGGACAGCUGUCAGUUUUGCACAUGAUGUUCCUAUUGUAACUCUCAGAGACCUUAAAAAGUUUACUGCAAUGUGAAUAAUUUAAUCUCUGGUUGCCAA